UUAGGAUUGAGUUGAAACUUGAGAGGGGUGACGUGUAAAGGAUCCAGAUUCAGCGUCUUCCUCCUCCUUCCUCCGAUUCUUUCUCCUCCGAGUUCCGGCCAUGCCGGCACCGUAGCAGCCACACCAGAACGACAGACACCGCGAUAUCAAGCCCAUCAAUGGCGGAACCCGCGUGUGGAUCAUCACCCUCCACCACCAUGGACCCUCAAGCUCAAAUUCCCAACGCAAUUCCCUCAUCUUCAAACCCUACAAUCCAAUCCCCUUCUCCAAUCUCAAACUCCAACCUCGCCCAGCAACAACAACAACAAUCCCCUUCACUCCCUCAAAUCCCACAAGACCAGCUACAGCAGCCACAACAGCAACAACAGGCGCAGGGGCAAGCCAUGAAUAUGAACCCUAAUGUCUCCACCUUUCAACUCCACCAAACGCUUCAACGCUCGCCUUCCAUGUCGCGCCUCAACCAAAUUCAACCGCAGCAGCAGCAGCAGCAGUUCAGUGUCUCCAGGCAGCAGCCGGGACUCUAUGGCGGACAGAUGAACUUCGGUGGCUCUGCCUCCGCUCAGCAGCAGCAAUUAGGCGGCGGCGCCAAUCUGUCGCGGUCGUUGAUGGGGCAGAGCAGCCACUUCCCCAUGUUAUCCGGUGCCGGAGCACAGUUUAGCCUAUUGUCCUCGCCGAGGCAGAAAGGUGGGCUAGUCCAGUCCUCUCAAUUCUCUUCGGCUAAUUCUGCCGGACAACCACUGCAAAAUAUGCAAGCGAUUGGGAUGAUGGGGUCGCCGAAUCUCAGCUCCCAACUAAGAGCCGCUGGAGCCCUUGCUUAUGCUCAGCAGCUCCGGAUGACUCCGGGCCAAAUAAGGCAGCAACUAUCACAGCAGAGUUCGCUUAAUGGGCAGCAGGUUCAAGGUUUACCAAGGUCGUCGUCCCUUGCUUUUGUGAAUUCCCAGUUGUCUGGGUUGUCUCAAAACGGACAGCCUGCAAUGGUUCAUAAUUCUUUAACACAACAACAGUGGAUGAAGCAAAUGCCACCAAUGACUGGCCCUGCUUCACCAUUACGUCUUCAACAACAUCAGAGGCAGCAGCAGCUGGCUUCAUCUACUCAACUUCCACAAAGCUCUAUGACCCUGAGCCCACAGCAGUUGUCCCAGGUGAUGCAGCAACAGAAAUCAAUGGCACAGCCUCAGCUGCAUCAGCAGCAGCAGCAGCCGCCUCAGCAGCAGCAACAACUUAUACAACAGCAGCCACAACAACAAUCUCAACUACAAGCAUCUGUUCAUCAACAACAACAACAGCAAUCCCCGAGGAUACCAGGGCCCACAGGCCAAAAAACACUUAGUUUAACAGGAUCGCAGCCAGAUGCUACUGCAUCUGGAACUACUACACCAGGGGGAAGUUCAAGCCAAGGAACUGAAACAACAAACCAAGUCCUCGGGAAAAGAAAGAUACAGGAUUUAGUUGCACAGGUGGAUCCACAGGGUAAACUGGACCCUGAAGUUACAGAUCUUCUUUUAGAGCUUGCUGAUGACUUCAUUGAUUCUGCAACUACACAUGGUUGCGUUUUGGCGAAACAUAGAAAAUCAUCAACAUUGGAGUCCAAGGAUUUAUUGCUACACUUAGAAAAGAAUUGGGAUCUCACAAUUCCAGGAUAUUCAAGUGAAGAGAAGAAGUACCAGAGCAAACCUUUAAAUGACCUCCACAAGAAGCGCCUAGAAAUGCAGAUUUGCACAUUGAUGGAAUCGUCACACUCCGAAUCAAGCAUUAACAGUUCUAAAGAGAUGAGUAGGCAGGGCCUUCCUAACCCUGCGAGUGCCCACCACCUAGUAAGACCCUUGAGUUCGGAGCAGUUGGUUUCUCAUUCAACUGGUUCUCAAAUGCUUCAGCCGAUGACAAGGUUUUAAUGUGUCUGGUUCUGCUGCAAAGAUUCUUGGGUUCAUCAUUCUUUUUUUCCCCUGUAACAUAUCACUCUCCCCUCUUUUUAAGUCGUUGUCUAUUUAUAUCUGGUUACUGUUAGAACUAGUCAAUCUAGUCCAAGCGAUGUAUAAUUUACUGUAAUCAGUAUUUAUCUUUCUCAAUUUCAAAUUUGCAAUGAGAAAAUUACUGGAACCAUUUCUUAAGAUUUGAAUGCAAAAAACAUGUAUAUAUUUACUCCAUA